CUAUCGAGUCCUCUCUGGAGCACAUCUGUCUUCCAGACUGAGAUAUCAAAAAUGUGGACCGGGACGAUAAUUACUGUUCUCUUUAUUAGCAUCGGAGCCAUUGCAGAUGCAAAAUCAAUUACGAUCAGCAACGCAAGACUGGUCAGCACUCGAGGCGGAAGCUGUCGACAAGAAAAUGGCAUAUACAGGUGCUCUGUCAUACGAGGAGAGACGGCCACGUUCCAGGGAGUUCUUAAUGUCGACGGCGGAGAUUCCCAUGCGGGGAUAGAAUUGUUCCAAGUCACUCUGGAAUUUACGAGAGAGCAGUUCGGAGAAGUGGCCUCCGAUAAAAAGACUUGUCAGACGGUAGGAGGGGACGUGGUCAUCGGGGGGGACUGUGACGUCACCUCUAUUGCGGAAGGAAGCUACAAUAUAGUUCCGUUUUCGGUUAAGGUUCCGGAUGUUGAUAGUUCUAUAACAACCAAUUUCAGGGCUUUGGGGAAAGCGAGUUGGUCAGAUGGUACAACUACUCAGGAGAUUGAAAUUGGUAGAUGCAGAAUCGACAUUGAGUGAAAAUAUGUACUUUUCAAAGUGAAUAAUGUACUUCAGCAAAUUCUUUUCCUAAGGUUUGCGUACAUAAAUAGAGAUAUAAAAUGUU